AUCUCUCCGUCUGGUGCUUUGUCGAGACGCUACGAACACUGGGCUCAUGUUCUCAGCUUGUGGACACAAGUCCGACAGGAUGAAGAGAGACACAACUAUUGCUGCGGUCGUGGUCUUCUGGCUACUUCUGAGCCCAGCGAGGGGCAGAGGGACCGGGGGAUUUCAAGGCGCCAUUCCCCAUCCCAAUAAAUACAACCCAAACCAGUCGGAACAAUCACCGCAGACACCACAGACCAUAUUCAGGGGGAUGGGGCCGCCCACACCAGCUGAAGAGGUGCUGGAUUCUAGCCAAGAGGCCCUGCAUGUCACAGAACGCCGCUAUCUGAAGCUGGACUGGUGCAAGACGCAGCCACUCAAACAAACCAUUCAUGAAGAAGGCUGCCUCAGUCGCACAAUUAUCAACCGUUUCUGCUAUGGGCAGUGCAACUCUUUUUACAUCCCCCGACACGUCUACCAAGAGGACAGCGCUUUUCAGUCGUGCUCAACUUGUAAGCCCAAGAGCUUUACCACUGUCACGUACACGUUAUUCUGUCCCGGGAAGCAACCAAACACCAAGAAGAAACGCGUCCAGCGUGUAAAACAGUGUCGCUGUACGUCCAUAGAUCUGGAUUAAUAAAUCCCCUUUAAAGCUUUUUGAAUAGACUGCUAUGUUCUCCCGAGAAAAAAAGGUGAUGAGGGACGAAAGGACUUACAGCAGGUUUACAAGACUCAGCACCAGAGCCCUUGUCCCACACUAGUGCGUCUGUCGGUAAACUGAGGUCCAAUUUGUCCAAGUGCAUGUAAACUACAGGCUGUUAGUAAUAAACAUAAGCCUACUUUCGUGAAGAUAUACUUGCUUGCUCGUAUAACUGAUUCUUUCAGCAUGGGGAAAAGGUUGGGAACCUUAUUGGAUCAUAUCUCAUCUGCGCAAGACAGAGAUGUGUCAAUCAGUACCGUAUUUCCACUGUGUGGAUUUGUAACAAUAAUGCACACUAAUUUAACCUUAUUGGUAGUUAUUGUGAUCAAUGUCACACAAAGAACGUUCAUGUUUCCUGAUUUUUCUGUAUAAUACAUUAUUAAAUGUUUGUUGUAUACUAUGGAAUAAACGUAUUUUUACAUCUUCUAA